CUUUCAACAUCGUACUACUUUUCCAAAUUAUUUCUCAUGAUAGAAAAAUACUAAUUUCAUUUCUGAUCAGACACAACAAACAAUACAAUCAUCAAAAUCCAACGUUUCUGUCUGAAUUCAACACACUCAAAUUUUGCUGCAACGUUCCUGUUCUGUUCUGUGUUUUUCUUCCACUUGAUUUGCUCGAAAUUCGAGUUUGAUUUGAAGACACCCCACCAAAAAAAUCCAUACUUUAAUGGGUUUCUUCCUCUAACUUGUUCAGAUUAUUGGGUUUCAGAUCCUAUUUCUUCUCCUUCAGAUGACAGGUUUCGUGUUGAAAUGAAAGUGUGUUGAAUGGGGAUUCAAACAAUGGGUUCUCAAAGUAAUGGGCAACAGUCUCAUUUACAGGCUAAUCAGUUAGUUAAGCAAAAUUCAUGGUAUGGUCUAACUCUUGAUGAGGUUAAUAGUCUACUAGGAGAUUUGGGGAAGCCGUUAGGGAGCAUGAAUCUUGACGAGCUUCUUCAGAAUGUGUGGACUGCUGAAGGAAAUAAGGUUGUAGGGAUGGAGAGUGAGCAGGUUUCGUCAUCGUCUUCUCUUCAACGGCAGGCUAGUAUGACGUUGGCUCGUGCUUUGAGUGGGAAGACGGUGGAUGAUGUAUGGAGAGAAAUCCAGCUAGGUCAGAAGAAACAAUAUGGAGACGACGUGAAAGUCGAGGAUAGGGAAAUGAGUCUUGGUGGUACGACUUUGGAAGAUUUUUUAGUGCAAGCAGGGCUUUUUGCUGGAGCUUCUACUAGUCCGACGGUGGGGUUGGAUGCAAUGGAUACCGCUAUUCCUCAAAGCUUUCAACCGAAUACAAGCUUGGUAUCCUCUUCUUCAAUUAGUAGUUUGUCAGAUGCAAAACCAGGUCGCAAAAGGGAUGCUCCGGAUGCAUAUGAGAAGGCUUUGGAAAGGAGGCUGAGAAGGAAAAUCAAGAAUAGGGAAUCUGCCGCUCGUUCACGUGCAAGAAAACAGGCUUAUCAUAAUGAACUGGUUACCAAGGUUACACUGCUAGAACAACAAAAUAUGCAGCUCAAGAAAGAGAAGGAGUUUGAGCAGGGGCUACAACCUGAAUCAUCACCUGAACCUAAAUACCGUCUUCGAAGAAUAAGUUCUGCCAUUUUCUGACAAGUGACCAGCAGUGAAGUUUCCUCGUUCCCCAUAUUCACGGAUUUAUGUUGAAGUGUCCUGGAUAAAGAGAUCAUAACUUCAUUGCACGGUGUUGCUGCCCCUGGUGUGCUUUCACUACAGUAGUAGCUUGUUCAAUCUGCAUCUAUAUUAACUAACUAAAGGGUACAUAUUAGCUAAGGUUUGAUGUUCAUAGGCUUCAGGAAAGAUUUGAGUCUCGUGGUGGAAGCAUUACAUGUUUGUGUAAGAAUUAAGAUUGCCUUUGUAAGCUGAGGUGAUUAUUAGGGAGUCUAGUUCUUGAUAAGGCGAUUAACUUCCAAAGAAACUGAAAUUAAGUAGGUCUUAUUAGGAUUUUUAAAGUGAAGGAUUGUAAUAGAUAGUUAAUCAUCAUGAUUCAGUUAUGAAAAAGUUGGUGUGCUGUGUAGAGAAUUUUUCUAGAAAAUUAAAUAGCGAAAGCAAAAUUAGUCUUAGUUAUUGUUGGAUGUCGACCGAGUUGGUAAAAAGUUGACUCUUUGAUCAAGGUAGCUCCUUAGAUUUUUGAUGCCCUUGGCGAA